AUGAUUCAGAUGCUUGGUUGCGGGGUGGAGGCUCGGCCGUUGAAUAUAUUGAAGCAGUCCACCGAUGCGCAGAGUGGCGGGAGCUGGUGGGCCGAUGCGGCUUUCUGGGACGGGUUGGCCCUUGGAGCGGUGAAGCAAUCCGGGCCCAGCCCGGGCGUGGGGAACAGCUUCACCGAUGCAGCGAACGAUGGUCCCAGUCCUGGAGUGGGGCACUGA